CGUAAGUUGACCGCCUAUUAGCUCACUCAAAACUAUUGAGAGAAUUUCAGUUAGCUGUAGUAGGAGCAGCAGCAGUCAGUGGUUUUCGACGAUGCCUUGGUGAUGCAUGGGGUUUGGUUGCGACGAAAGUGAUUAAUUAUUGAGACAGUCAGUGACAUUGAAUCAAGAUGAGGCACCUAUUAGUGCACACAAUUGCACCCCUGGCAUUGGCCAUUCUACAGGUGUCUGCGCUGAUACAAUCCCCGCCACGGAUAUCCAAACAACCACCGACAGAUGAACAGCUCUUCCAAGUUGCUCAGGCCAAAAUCAAUGAAAAUGACAAACCAUUUCUCAUAGAAUGUGAAGCAGAAGGAGAACCUGCACCCAGGUAUCGCUGGGAGAAGAACGGAAAACGAUUUGAAUGGCAAGCUUAUGAUAACAGAAUUUCACAGCAGCCUGGUAGAGGAACUUUGGUGAUUGCGCAGCCACGAGAUGAAGAUUUGGGCCAGUAUCAGUGCAUAGCGGAAAACGAGUGGGGAACUGCUAUUUCCAAUUCUGUGUUCGUUCGUAAAGCAGAACUAAAUUCGUUUAAAGAUGAGCAUCCUGUUACUUUGAACGCCAAUGAAGGAGACCCCUUCAAACUGACAUGUCAGCCUCCUGAUGGAUGGCCAAAACCCAACGUUUAUUGGCUUAUACAGAAUACCGAUGGUGGAAUAAAAUCCAUCAACAAUUCCAGAAUGACCCUUGAUCCUGAGGGCAACUUAUGGUUCAGUAACGUCACUAGAAACGAUGCAUCGAACGACUUUUACUAUGCUUGUGCAGCCACUUCUGUAUUUAGAAAUGAAUACAAGCUAGGUAACAGGGUAUUGCUCAAUGUCAUAUCAACUGGGGCUUCGGCAAGUAAGAAUAAGCAUGAGCCAGUGAAACAGUAUGUUACCAGAAAGAACGAGGUCGCUUUACGUGGAAAAAAAGUCGAGUUGUAUUGCAUUUAUGGCGGAACGCCUUUACCGCAAAUAAUAUGGAAUAAAAAUGGUCAAAUAUUGAACCCUAGUGAUCGAAUAACACAAGGCAACUAUGGAAAGUCCCUAGUUAUAAAGCACGUUAAUUUUGAAGAUGAAGGUCAGUACACAUGUGAAGCAUCCAAUGGUGUGGGUGAUGCAAAGUCGUACUCUGUGAAUCUUCAAGUUUUGGCUGUCCCCUACUUCACGGUAGAACCAGAGAUCAUAAGUGCAGCUGAGGACGAGACAGUUGAGUUUAGGUGCGAGGCUAGUGGAGUUCCUGAGCCUCAGAUCAAGUGGAUUCACAAUGGAAAACCAAUAGCUGAAGCACCUCCUAAUCCCAGGAGAAAAGUGUCGGCAAAUUCUAUUGUUAUUGAGAGAUUGACGAAGAAAGACACAGGAAACUAUGGUUGUAAUGCCACUAAUUCUUUGGGAUACGUUUACAAGGAUGUUUACGUCAAUGUUUUGGCUUUGGAGCCAGAAAUCACUCAGCCUCCAACCAAUGAAGCAACUGUUAAUGGUAGAACAAUCCGUAUUACCUGCCGUGUCUUUGGAGCUCCAAAACCUGAAGUAAAGUGGAUCAGAAAUGGCCUGGAACUGACCGGAGGCAGAUACAACACUUUGGAAUCUGGAGACUUGGAAAUCAAGAACGUUGAUUUUUUGGAUGCAGGUUCUUACACAUGCUUUGCCUCAAAUAAAUUCGGAAGCGUUGAUGCUUCUGGUAAUUUAGUUGUCAAGGAGCAUACCACCAUUACUGACAGACCUGAAGACUAUGAAGUUGCAGCUGGAUCGACAGCAACGUUUAGGUGCAAUGCUGUGACUGAUUCAAGUCUAACUCUAGCAAUCGACUGGCUAAGCAAUGGAGAGCCGAUAGAUUUUGAAUUGGAACCAAGAUUCGUUCGAAGCACUGACUACUCCUUGACUAUUACAAAAACAACAGAGCUAGAUUCAGGAGUUUAUACGUGUGUCGCUCGUACGGAGUUAGAUGAAGUAGAGGCUCAAGCUACACUGACUGUUCAAGAUGUACCAAACCCACCGCGAUUAGAUGGAGUGAGAUGUCUGAGCGAUGAAGCCUCUGUUCGAUGGGCCCCAAUGGGUGACAACAGAGCACCCAUUCUUCGGUAUACAAUCCAGUCCAAUACCAGCUUCACUCCUGACACAUGGGAGGUCGCAUAUGACAACGUCCCUGCUACCGAUCAAACCUACAAUGUUCCAAUGACCCCAUGGGCUAAUUACACUUUCAGAGUAUUGGCUUGGAAUAAAAUAGGUGCUUCACUACCAUCUCCGCACAGUCAGGUGUGUACGACUCAGCCUGAUGUGCCUUACAAAAACCCAGAUAAUGUCGAAGGCAAGGGAACAGACCCGCAAAAUAUAGUCAUAUCCUGGACUGUAAUGCCCCAGAUAGAACAUAAUGCACCGAGGUUUAUGUACCGAGUAUUCUACAGGCGAGAUAUACCUGGCGAAGAAUGGACCAUUGAAGAUAUAAACGACUGGAAGCGGCAUAAGCUUAUCAUAGAUAAUCAGCCCACUUUUCAAAAAUAUAAAAUCAAAGUUGUUGCCAUUAACGAAAAGGGAGAGUCUCGGGUGUCCCCGCACGAAGUUGAUGGAUGGUCCGGAGAAGACGUUCCGCAGCAAUCGCCAGGAAACUUUACACUUUUAAAAGUGCUCGGGAGCACAAGUGCAAUACUAUCAUGGAAUCCAGUCUCAAAUGAAUCAAUCAGAGGAUUCUUCAAGGGAUAUAAAAUUCAGACUUGGACAGAUAAGGAUGGCGAAGAAGGGUUGCGAGAAAUUCCGGUCAAGAAUGACACCACUCGUACUACAGUUGAUAGAUUCGUUCCAUAUAGCAAAAACUAUGCAAGAGUCCUUGCUUACAACGGCAGGUACAACGGUCCACCUUCAGAGACACUGAGUUUUGAAACACCGGAGGGGGUUCCUGGAACAGUUCAAUCAUUUGAUGGGUUUCCAUUAGGGUCCAGUGCCCUUUACUUGGUCUGGAAAAAGCCGGAAAAACCAAAUGGGAUUCUUACAGGAUAUAAAAUUUAUUAUCACAUUGUAACCGGCACCAAUGUUGGCCCAUUACUCGAAAGAGAGCCUCAUAUUAGAGAUCCAACUGCCACCAGAGUCAAACUGGCAGGAUUGAUCCCAAACACUAAGUAUAGGAUUCACAUACGAGCAAUGACAAAAGCUGGUGAAGGUGAAGAAUAUUUCAUUGAGCGAAUGACUCGUAGUGCAAUUUCUGUAGCGCCAGAAGUACCUCAGUUCAUGUGGGAGCGUGUUCCUACGGAUAAUGGUCUUGCAAACAUCAGAGUUACUUGGCUACCCAGCCAAGAUGGGAAUCCAGGCAGCCAUUUCUUUGUUAAAUAUAAACUUAAAGGAGAAACGAUCAGUCAAGAAACCUUGCCAGAAUUCAACGAGGACAGCACUGAGGUACGAGGUCUUACAAGAGGAGAAGUUUACGUCAUGUCAAUUGUGUCCGUCGAUGGUGAACAUCUUACAGAGAGCUUACCACAGGAAGUUGAUACAAGCGGAGAAGAUCCGUAUAUUCAACCCAAAGAAAAUGUAGCAACAGCUGGAUGGUUCAUAGGAAUGAUGCUGGCAAUUGCAUUCUUACUGCUAGUAUUGAUAAUUGUGUGCGUAAUCAAACGCAACAGAGGUGGAAAGUACGCAGUACAUGAACGGGAGCUGGCUGCAGGUCGUGGUGACUACCCUGAAGAGGGUGGUGGUUUUCACGAAUACUCUCAACCCUUGGACACUAAGUCUGCUGGAGGGCGUGCUUCUCUCGCUUCCUCUUCACACCAAGAUGGAAAACAUCCUGAGUCAGAUACUGAUUCAAUGGCAGAAUACGGCGAAGGAGAUACUGCGGGUAUGAACGAGGAUGGGUCAUUCAUUGGUCAAUAUGGCCGUAAGAAGCAGGAACCCAACGCACAAGCGUUUGCUACGCUAGUUUGAGGCCGUUUCACAGAAGAUGGAUCAUUCAUCGGACAAUACGGGCCAAAAGGAAGACCUGAGGAGACACCCCCAAUUCCAACAGGCACCAUGGCUACGUAUGUCUAACCCCCUACAGCUGUCUAUUCUAUGUAACUAUUAAUAUUUACCUUAAAUAAGGCUAAGACAAGAACCUACAUCUUUGCCUCUUCAGCAGCCGCUAUGCACCUUGCGCUGGGCGCAAUGUCCACACCGUACUGCCAGUUAGUUACUUUAUCUUUAGGUUCCUGUAUUCGUCGGAGAUAGUCUGACCAUGCCAAAAAAUGAAUCAAAAUACAGAAAAAUAUUCCACCUCUGUGGUUAAGCUCAAAGCUCUUAGUUGUCAUACAUUCUGGUCACUGAAAUUCGUUCUCUUGAUUUUACAGAGAAGAUAAUGUUUCUUUUCUAAGUAAAUUUUCUGUCUGGUUUAUUAUGAGCCUUUAUUCAAUCGAAAUUGAUUGAAAAUAUGUCAAUAUCUCCGAUAGAAUAUGAAGCCCACUGAUAAUAGAUAUUAAAUAGCCAGCAAGCUAUCGAUGGAAGUGGUUGUAGAAACUAUUUUAUCAUUGACGCCAACAUUUAACAGGGCCAGAUUGGACACUACAGGGUAACAAAGUUACAUUUUAUUUUCAUUGUCAUUUUUUUUUAAGAUGAGUAUCGAAACUGCAUUUAUAAAUUUCGAUUGAUGAAGCUUAUUUUUAUUCUAGACUCCGCGAAUCAAAUUAUCUAACUUCAUACCCGCAUUUCUAGGGUGGGGUAUUUUAUAGAGCCUUAGCUCUUAAUAUUUUGGUGCAAGUUGUUGAAAAUUCAAUGUGUAUUUUACAACUGAAUUUUAUAAAUGCAAACUCGAUUCGGAUGUAAAAUCAACUCGUGGAUACGUGAAAUCGUGUUACAGUCUGGCCUGGACUGAAUCUAAUUAUAAUUUUUGAGCUCAUUCGAAUCUCGUAGAAUCUCUUCCGGGGCUUAAUGCCCUUUCCCAUCACGUGCCCGGCACAACCGAAAACCGUGUAUCCCUUAUCCGACGAUAUUGUACCUAUAGUCCAUCCAGCAAAAUGGCUUUAUUUCAUUUUGUUUUUUUCUAUAUCCAACAAUACCGUUGGUAAAACUUUUUCUAACAUUCUAUUAAGUUAUACAUAGUAAAUCUCGUUCCGUUAAACGACGAGAAAUUACAAGAUAUUUUUUUCCCCCAAUCAAUCUCAAAAGAUAUUAAUUACGGAUAUGAUAUUAAUAUAUUAUUAUUAUUACUAUUAUAAAUAUUCUAUACGAUAGUUAAAUAAGAACACAUGGCCUCUACUAUAAUAAUUGCUUUUUCUAUGUAAAGCACGCUUUUGCUGAAACGAAUGUCUACGAGAAAAUUUUCACAUCGCAUUUAUGUUCGUGAACAUAAAUAAUUUUUUUCUAUUAAGUAUCCGUAGUUCUACAUUUUUGAAGUAUAGCAGUGGCUUUAGAAUUAGGAUGAUAUAUUAUUAUUUAAUAUAUUGAAAUUAAAAAACAAAAAAGGAAAAGAAAGUUUAUAGAGACAUUAUAUAAUAAUCAUUAUUGAGAAGGCAAACAUAGCAAUUGAAAAAAAAAAUUAAAACAAGUGAAUUAACAAGAAGUAACAUUAGAGCGUUAUUAGGUAACGGUCGCGCCAGAGAAGGUAUUAUCAGAUAAAAUGUUAUCAUAUUACAUAUAAUUAUACAUAUACCAUAUGUAUCACAUUUUUAUACAGGCUUGUCCGAAAUAUUGGUAAAAGCCCAUCGAUUAUUUUUUGAUGUAAAUCAAGUAGUCGGUUUGAACUUUCAAAUUUAGCAGCAUAAUUAUGUAUAUUGUACACGUAGCGGUUCAUAUACUGUUCGAUGAUUGAAAAAGGUGGAUAGUUACUAGCAGAAUCCGAGAUUUGUAUGUAUAAACGUGUACAAUAUACAUAUAUGUUAGUAUAUUUUUCUAUCAUGUGCUACCUACGAAAUGUAUCAUCAAUAUUUUUCAUUUUCCUCACUUCCGUUUUGUAGUUUUUUCAUUCGGUUACGCCCUAAGUAUUGAUGCACGAUAAAUUUUGAUUUCAAAGAUCGGAUGACAAACUUUAAAUAAUAACGAUUAUAACAAAUAUACAAAUGAACUCAUCAUGGUCAUCCCUUGUUCGUGCGAACUUUAGGUUCAAGAUUUCGUUUUACAUCAACUAUAUUUUUCCAUUGAUAUGUUUUCUACCGCGUAUAUUAUACAAAUAUGUAUAACACGAUAUAUUUAUGGUCCUAUCUAUAUCGGAGAAAUAUAUUUCAGAGGAGAGCGUCGGAAUAAAUUAUCACUGUUCUCUGGAAUCUGUUAAAAUAGUAAACUAAUAUAAAUGAGAGCCAGUUGUAUCGCGUCGUAUCGGUCGGACGCGUGAAUUUUAAUUGCGGUAUCAUAUCAUGUAAAUGAAGAAGUUUAACCCGUUGAGUGAACAAAUGGCAGCUAAUUACCUUUUUUGUAUUAUUUUAUUUGUAUUAUUUUAUUGUUAUUAGGUCUUUUCUUUUGGGUUUUUUGAAGUACAUAUUCUCUCUUUUUUUCGAUACGCGCAAUACGUUGUAUUAUUUUAGCCGUAAUAAUGAUUGUGACGAAGACUUAUAUUAUUUGAAUAUAAAUGAUGGAGAAAACUGUACUCAUACACAUUGUAUAUUUUAUUAUUAGUGAUCAUUCAAUACCGCAAUUUAUUUACCCUAAUUAGAAGUUACUAAAUUUAAUCGUCAUUAUUAUAGUAAUUUCCAUUGUAACGGAUGCCUGUAACACCGAGAUCCAAUACGGCCGACGCUCUUCGUUAUUUAGGUCCUCAGUCCCGCGAUGUUUACGAUGGCCCGAAUUGUCCAAGAAAUUAUUGUUUUCAAGUUUUUUAAACAGGGAUCACGUUACAGAAUUUUGAGCUGAGUCUUAGGAAUUUUAUUUAUACAUGGUAUAUUACAAUGAAUUGUUUGCAUUUGGGGGAAACAGAGCGUUGCAGUAAUAGUUGAAUAUAAACAAAUUUAUGGACAGUUGAAAUUUUGGUGAAGAUUAUUGACAAAAUCAAAAAGUUUUAAAAAGCUACAAAAUUUAAAUUAACGAAAUACUCGAUAAAUUUUUCAUGAAUGAAGUGCACGAGUUCAAAAGUUGAAGCGUGUAACGAUGUGAACGACGUGAGUUGAAAAAAAAAAACUAAGGAAUAAAGAAAGAACAAAGUAAACGGGUUCGCUGCGCGCGUGAUUUUAUUCAUUGUACAUUACUUUUCAGAUACAUACAAGCAUAUAAAUAUACAUAUAAGAGAGUAAAAUAUUUUCUGGUUUUAAAUUAUAUCUUUUGAACUGACGGAAGUAUAUUUGCUCUGUAUAUGCAUAUUUAUAUCUGUAUAUCCGUUUUUAUAAGUUGUACAAUUGUAUAAUUAAUAUUACCUUUAUGUAUACAUUAUAUUCCGUACAUAUAUAUAUACUAUAUACCUAUAUAAUUAUAUUAUAUACAAAUUAUAUAUAUAAUUGUUUUUACAAUUAGUUGCACUUAAAUUAUAAGCUUUUUUACAAAGUGAAGUCAAUGAAUUCAGCCGACGAAUAUAUGUGUAGGUAUAAAAGAAAAUGAGAAACAAGAAAAAAAUAUUUUAUUCUGUUCAAUUAUCAUCGGCACAUACCAUAUACUGUGUAAUAUUGUAUAUUCUGAAUUAUCCAAGAAGAUAUAGCUACAUGAUUAAAACUCUAUAUACUUACAUAGUAUACAUGUACACCGAUUACUGACGUAAUAUCGCGUCGUAUAAUAAUGAAAAUCUGCAAAUCUUAAAUUUCCACUUAAAACUGACGUUAUGUGUAUAGUUAAAAUUACAAUAUGCAUUCCAGCAUACCACCUAUACUAUGUAUAACAUCCCCCCGUGUCAAUACGAUGAAUAAAACAUUUUAAACAAA